AUGACAAAGAGCGACAUCGUUCGCCGCGUCACGCUCGCCACGGACACGGCCAUUGAUGGAGGCGCUAAUGAUGGCAAAGAACGGUUAGUAGUCCCGCCGACACCCGUGGCGUCAAUGGCGAUCCCGCAAACGCCGCACAUGUCCGCGACAAGGAGUCUGCCGACGGUGGUGGCCAGUUUCUGUCUCUGGUUUGGCCACCUUCGCGAUGUGUUUGGCUUGCAAUUCCUCGUGCUAGUGAGCAUGGUGUACUUUGUGCAGGGCUUCGGUAGCUUUAGCGGUCUCUCCGUGUCGUUUCUGAUGAAAGACACGAUGCACUUGCAGCCCGUGGAAUCGCAGGCGAUCUUGACCACGGCAGCGUUCCCAUGGUCCAUCAAGCCUGUGUUUGGCAUCCUUUCCGAUAGCCUUCCUCUGUGUGGGUACCGCCGCAAGUCGUACCUCAUUGGUAUCAACCUCCUCGGGUGCCUCGCCACAUUUCUCCUCCAUGAUGUGUCCGCGGGGACAUCGGUGUCAUGGCUGACAAUCCUCCUUCUCUGCACGCGAUUGGCCACGGCCAUGAGUGACGUCAUCAUCGAUGCCCUCGUCGUUGAAAGGGCACGAUUGGAUCCACUUAACGGGGCGAACGACUUGCAGUCGCUGACGUGGUCAGUCAUGGCUGUUGGUGGCAUCCUUGGCUCGCUCUUGGCUGGGCCGGCCACCAGCCACCUGGGACCACACACGGUGUUUAUCUUAGCUGCCAUUGCGCCUUGCAUCGUGCUGGCAUUAGCGACAUUGAUGCAAGAAGAUCGAUGCGACCGCCUAGCCCGCGGUUGCUCCACGUUGGCCUCCGAACAAGUCAAGCUCGUGUGGACGACGCUAAAAGUACCAGUGAUCUGGAAGUCGGUCGUGUUUAUGUUCGUCUCGCAAGCGUGCACACCCUCAUUUGACCAGAUUCAAUUCUACUACGCCGUGGAAGUGUUGAAGUUCUCACCCGAGUUUCUCGGCAACGUCGGCGCCCUUGGGUUUGUGUUUCUGUUGGUCGGGACGUUGGUCUACAACGCAUGGUUCAAGGUCAUGCCAUUCCGAGCCAUUUUGAUGCGUGCGCAGAUUUGCUUGGCCGUCGUGUCCGUCUCUGAAGUGCUGCUUGUGACGCGCAGUAACAUCAAAAUGGGCAUCUCUGACGGAUGGUUCGUCUUGUUGGAAUCCAUGUUUGGCGAAGUUGUGGGGCGACUCAUUGGCAUGCCAGUGCUUGUCCUGUGCGCCAAACUCUGUCCCCGCGGCAUCGAAGGCACGUUCUUCGCACUCCUCAUGGCCAACAUGAACUUGAGCUACACCGUCAGCGGUUACUGGGGAGCCAUCUUGGCGGACUGGCUCGGCAUUGCAAGCCAGAAGUACGACCUGCUUUGGGUCGCCAUCUUGAUCCGAAGUAGCAUGAUGCUUCUGCCCCUCGGAUUCUUGUGGAUGCUGCCGGAUCACGAUCCUGCGGAUGAAGUUGAGGUUGCGACACGGCAUACCGUCGUCCCCGCCACCGAUGAUGUAACCAUCAAUGACGACGACGAGGCAGGCAUGCUAGGAGACAAGAAGCAGCGAAGUGACGUGUAG